UUGGAUUGAAAAUAAAAGCCCAAAUCGCUAAGACUAGCAUACUUAGUGUUAUUUUGGAGGCGCGUUACAAAACGUCGACUGAAAUUAAAAACUUCUUUAUAAGUGAAAUUUGUCGAAGUCUUGAAUACAGUGUUUAUACUCGUAAUGCUGACGGCAGGUACUGUCUGCCUCUUGGCGGCUCUUUUGGCGCUCGCCUACGUUUGGUGUCGCUACACAUAUGGCUACUGGAAACGCCAUAAGAUUCCCUUUAUGACGCCAUUGCCACUAAUUGGCAAUAUGGAAGUUUUGUUUAAAAGGACCAAUAGUUUCUUUCUAUAUCUAUCUGACAUAUAUAAGGAUGCUAGAAUGUCAAAUGCUGCUGCAGUCGGCAUUUACAUACUCAACAAACCAGCGUUAGUGCUACGUGAACCGGAACUUAUAAAAUCUGUGCUCAUCAAGGAGUUUCCGAAAUUCGCCAAUCGGUCAGGCGGCUCUGAUCCACACAAUGAUCCUUUGGGCGCGUACAAUCUAUUUUUUAUACGCAAUCCACAAUGGAAGGAUUUGAGAACGAAAAUAACGCCGAUUUUCACAUCAGGAAAGAUCAAACAAAUGUAUUCAUUAAUGACUGAGAUCGGCACGGAGUUGGAAGCCCAUUUGAAUUCGUUUGCGAAAACAGACGACGCUUUCGUAACUGAAGUUAAAGAGAUUUGUGCAAACUUCACCACCGAUGUGAUUGCCACCACCGCCUUUGGCAUUAAAGCCAAUAGUCUUAUAGAUCCGAAUGCCGAGUUUCGUGCGCUAGGCCGAAAACAGCUAGACUUUACAUUAGGUCGCGCUAUUCAAUUCCUUAUCGCAUUCUUCUAUCCGAAAUGGACCACAGCAUUGCGUGUGAAAAUUUUGGUACCGGAGUACGAUACUUUUAUACGUGGCACCAUCGAACAUGUUAUGGCGUUAAGAGAAGAGAGCAAAGCGACACGUAACGAUCUGAUCGAUGUGUUGGUGAGCCUUAAACAAGAGGCAGUUGCGAAGGGCGAGUAUAAUGCUCAGUUACAGGAUAUCUUAGCAGCACAAGCAGCGGUAUUUAUGGUAGCUGGUUUUGAGACGUCAUCUUCGACAAUGACAUUUGCGCUAUACGAAUUAUCCAAAAGGCUCGAUUUACAAGAACGUCUGCGCAAUGAGAUCUGUGAAGCUUUCGUAGCUGAGCAAGGUAGAUUGUCUUAUGAGACUAUCAAUAAUCUACCAUAUUUAGGUAUGGUAGUUGACGAAGUAUUGCGUUUAUACCCAUCACUACCUUUUCUCGGUCGGGAGCAUCUGCCGAAAGAGGGGGAAAAGCCAUUCGACCUUAAACCAUAUUACGAUUACACAGUGCCAGUAGAUAUGCCUGUUUAUAUACCAAUCUUCGGCAUACAACGUGACCCAGAGUUUUGGCCCAACCCGAACACCUUCGAUCCUGAACGCUUCAACGCCGAGAAUAAGAAAACCCAUAAGCCUAUGUCCUACCUUCCCUUCGGUACUGGACCACGUAACUGUAUUGGUUCUCGCAUCGGUUUGCUGCAGUCUAAACUUGGUUUGGUGCAUAUAUUGAAGAAUCAUUAUGUCACUACAUGUGAGAAGACACCGUCGGAAAUGACUUUUGAUCCACUGUCCCUAGUGUUAAGCCAUAAGGAAGGCAUUUACUUGAACUUUGUCAAUGACAAACGCUAUGAGCGCAAUGCAAGGCUGGUAAUGCUGACGGCAGGUACUGUAUGCCUCUUGGCGGCUCUUUUGGCGCUCGCCUACGUUUGGUGUCGCUACACAUAUGGCUACUGGAAACGCAAUAAGAUUCCCUUUAUGACGCCAUUGCCACUAAUUGGCAAUAUGGAAGUUUUGUUUAAAAGGACCAAUAGUUUCUCUCUAUAUCUAUCUGACAUUUAUAAUGAUGCUAAAAUGUCAAAGGCUGCUGCAGUCGGCAUUUACAUGCUCCUCAAACCAGCAUUAGUGCUACGUGAACCGGAACUUAUAAAAUCUGUGCUCAUCAAGGAAUUCUCAAAAUUCGCCAAUCGGGCAGGCGGUUCUGAUCCACACAAUGAUCCCUUGGGCGCGUACAAUCUAUUUUUUAUACGCAAUCCACAAUGGAAGGAUUUGAGAACGAAAAUAACGCCGGUUUUCACAACAGGAAAGAUCAAACAAAUGUAUUCACUAAUGACUGAGAUCGGCACGGAGUUGGAAGCCCAUUUGAAUUCGUUUGCGAAAACAGACGACGCUUUCGUAACUGAAGUUAAAGAGCUUUGUGCAAACUUCACCACCGAUGUGAUUGCCACCACCGCCUUUGGCAUUAAAGCCAAUAGUCUUGUAGAUCCGAAUGCCGAGUUUCGUGCGCUAGGCCGAAAACAGCUAACCAUUACAUUCCGUCGCGCUAUUCAAUUCCUUAUCGCAUUCUUCUAUCCGAAAUGGACCACAACAUUGCGUGUGAAAAUUUUGGUACCGGAGUUCGAAACUUUUAUACGUGGCACCAUCGAACAUGUUAUGGCGUUAAGAGAAGAGAGCAAAGCGCCGCGUAACGAUCUGAUCGAUGUGUUGGUGAGCCUUAAACAAGAGGCAGUUGCGAAGGGCGAGUAUAAUGCUCAGCUACAGGAUAUCUUAACAGCACAAGCAGUGGUAUUUAUGGUAGCUGGUUUUGAGACGUCAUCUUCGACAAUGACAUUUGCGCUAUACGAAUUAUCCAAAAGGCUUGAUUUACAAGAACGUCUGCGCAAGGAGAUCUGUGAAGCUUUCGUAGCUGAGCAAGGUAGAUUGUCUUAUGAGACUAUCAAUAAUCUACCAUAUUUAGGUAUGGUAGUUGACGAAGUAUUGCGUUUAUACCCAUCACUACCUUUUCUCGGUCGGGAGCAUCUGCCGAAAGAGGGGGAAAAGCCAUUCGACCUUAAACCAUAUUACGAUUACACAGUGCCAGUAGAUAUGCCUGUUUAUAUACCAAUCUUCGGCAUACAACGUGACCCAGAGUUUUGGCCCAACCCGAACACCUUCGAUCCUGAACGCUUCAACGCCGAGAAUAAGAAAACCCAUAAGCCUAUGUCCUACCUUCCCUUCGGUACUGGACCACGUAACUGUAUUGGUUCUCGCAUCGGUUUGCUGCAGUCUAAACUUGGUUUGGUGCAUAUACUGAAGAAUCAUUAUGUCACUACAUGUGAGAAGACACCGUCGGAAAUUUCUUUUGAUCCACUGUUCCUAGGCUUAGGCCAUAAGGAAGGCAUUUACUUGAAAUUUGUCAAUGACAAACGCUAUGAGCGCAAUGCAAGGCUGUGAAUGUUCAAAAUCCAAACUAAUUUCGAAAGGUAUCGCUACAAUUAAAUAUUUAUAGAACUCUUUUUUUUAAUAAAAAUUAUUAGGAAAAUGAAAAAGAAA